AUGCAAGAAAUCCUCGGAAGUUCUCUAACUGAGAUAAAAGAAAUACAAGGUCUACUAGAUAACAUCGCUGAACAACAGAAGACCACUGAAGCUUUUCUUCAACGCGUCCAACGUGAACUCGCCGAAUUGCAGCGCCGUCAUAUUAAAUUAGAGUGUCACAGCCGCCGAGGUAAUUUGAAAUUCUAUGGAAUAAAAGAACGCGAGCAUGAAUCGAACGAAGACACAGAAGAUUUAUUGAGGAAAUUUUUACGUACCGACUUAAAGAUCCCUAAAAAGGACGAGGAAAGUAUUCAGUUCGAUAGAGUGCACAGAGCAUCAGCUCGUCGAGAAUCUUCUGGCACUACGAAUUCCAAGCCACGACAGAUUAUUAUCACGUUUUCCAGCUUUCACCACAAAGAGUGUAUUAAAACAUUCAUCAAAAAGCUUACGAAAGGCCGAAAUCUUGGAAUUUCCGACGACUUUCCAAAGGAGGUAGAAGAAAUGAGGAAAAAGCUCGCACAGUACCCAGUAUUAAAAGCCGCCAAGCAAUGA